AUGGGCCAAUCAACUUCUGUACAACAAGAGCAAAGAUCUGACGAAUACGGUAUAGACCACGGGUCUUUGGUCAGUUACUUUAACGAGAAAUGCAUUAAACAAUUCACAAAAGCAGAAUUACUAUCAUUUACUAAUAACAUUCCAGAAGGGAGAGGGUUGGAUGAUGUAGUAGAGUCUUCGGAUAUUAGUACUCUAUUUCAUAUACCAAGAGAUAAUACUGUUUUAUUAUCUGUAUUUAUGAAUAUGUUUCGUACCUUAGCAAAUUUUCCUUUGAUUCAAGAAUCAUAUGACAAGGUGUCUUUUAAAACACUCCUAAAAUCGACAUUGUUACUUUCAAAGGGGAGGGCCGCCAAAUAUACCGAAUGGAAGAACUUUGAUGAGUUAAAGAUGUUAUUUAUAGCACUCGCCUUAGAGAAAAGCAUUAAAUCCGAAUCAUUACCUGGAUCUUCUUCCUCUUCGGAGUUGAGAAGUUCUAAAGCUGUUAUUAGGUCUUACAAUGGUGUUAAUGUUGAAGAAUUGACAAUCAAUUCAAAUGAUCUCGUUCACUUUUUCUCUUUUCUACUUGCUCUAUCGAGAAAAUCCAUUAUGAACAAUUGCAAGAUUGAUGAUAAUGCACUAUCCAAAAGUUUUGAAAGCUUUAAACAAGUUGCUAUGAUCUUUGUCCGAACUAUGGAUCCCACAAUAAUAUCUGCAUCGGACUCUCUAAAAUCAUAUAUUACUUAUGAGCAGUUUUAUGACCUAAUUCAUAACAUUGCUCCCAAUUUAAUAAGUCCGUUAAACAUGUUGCUUGAGCACACCCUAUAUAUGACUAGGGACUUGGUUGACGCAGACGUUUUGAAACCAUUGGAAAACCCAAGUAAAAUUGUCACAGAGCCAUUACUAGCACAACUAGCAACUCUAUUCCCCAAAGAAAUAGUUUUUUCUAGAUUUCAGCGGCUCUAUGUAGGAAGAGAAUCUGGAUUCUCUAUGAGAUCGUUUCAGUCGAAAGUAUUCAAGUGGAUGGCACCCACCAUUCUCUUCAUUCAAGGAAUGCGAAUACGUGAUGAGGAUUCAGAAAUGGAAGAGAACUAUGUAGCUAAAAAUCCUAGAUACAGAGGUUUUUUGGAGGAAUUUGGUAAGUUAAAGAAUGAAGAUCAACAUUUAGACGAACUCAUUAUAAAAAAACGAAAGGUUCUCUACGCUGUAUAUAUACGGGACCCUUGGAAAGUUUCUAACAAGGAACUCUUUGGAGAUUCAAACACGAAAAUCAUUCAACUCCAACCAACUCAAGAAAUAUACGAUGCAAAACCCACGAGUGUAGGAAACGUAUAUUUCAAUACAGUAGGAGGUGGAAUAGGUGUAGGAAACCAACAACCUCUUAUUAAACCUAGUUCAAAAAAAUAUUUGCCUGGAAAUAUAUCUUUGACUAUCGACUCAUCACUUGAGUUUGGCAUAUUUAGACACGUUGGAGAUGGUGGUCUCUUCUCUCCUGGUCGUCUAUCAAAAGUCAGAGGUGAGGACAGAAAGUCAUUCGAAUAUAGGUUUUUGAUUCAGGAUGUGGAAGUGUGGGGGUGCGGUGGUGAGAAGGAACUUGAAGAGCAGGUGAAGCUUUGGCAAUGGGAAGAAAUGGAAGCUAAGAGAAGACAGCAGAUUAACCUACAAAGUAUGGGAGAAGAUCGUGCUUUGUUGGAGAUGGCCGGUUUAGUUGGUCAGCACCAAAGUGGGGGAUCUGUAUAG